UUUAUAAUUAUCCAAUCAAGUAAUAAUCUCCUGCUGAGGAAUUGUACCUUUGUAACUCUUUGAUCUUCUUAAUUAACAAUCCCUCAAAACACUAAAAUGAAAAAGACUUUCUUUGAUCUCAAGAUUACUUGAUUGAAUAAACAAAGAACCCAAGCUUACUCAAAAAAAUGGAUAUAAAAAGAAGAAUUUCCAAAUUUUUACAUCAUAAUUCAAAAUAUUCAAUUUUCCAAAAUACUAUAAAAACUAAUCUACUAUGGCUAAUGUAUCUGAAGAGAUAGUGAUGAAUAAGACUGUUGAGUUAAAGAAGUUACUGAUGAUCCAUGAUAAAGCUGUACAACAAAUGCACCAAUUAGAUGCCUAUAUAGAUGCCACAAAAAUAAGAGCUGUUAACUUUGUACUACAAGGAAACAAAGGGGAAGCACUCCAUCUACUAAACAGAAAGUCAGUUGCAGAGAGCCUAAAACAUUUGUACCGUCAGUAUCGUCUGAAGAAAUGGUGCCAAGUUCAAGAUCUUGUUUCAAACAUUUUACAGACAUUGAGACCUGGUCAGGUGACACCUGCACCAAUGCAGACAGACAACGAUCCCGGCUACGAGGGAGAACAGAUGCAAAAUUAUAUCCAAGCUAUGAUGGUGUCACAGUGUAACUUUAGACGAGAAAGCUAAAAUAUGUAACUAGUGAUCAGCAUAUGAAAGAUUUAUUGGAUAUUUUAUGAAGAAGAAAAUGUUAAACAUAAAU